AUGUUUGAAGAUCUUCGCAACCUGAUUAACGGCCAAUUUGAGACUGAAGAUGAUAUAAGAAAGCUGAUGGAGCCCCGAUAUGAGGUCAAUCGACCUGACGGGGAGGAUACAUAUGGCAAGUCGGACGAAGCCAAGCUUGGAUGCCUGCUCCUUGAGAAGGUGACUGGUGGUCGCCCCCGCGCAGACCAGAGUAGGCUUCUGUCAUUGCCAGCAGAGAUCCUGGCUUCAAUUGUCGAUAUAUUGUCGGCGUCCGACCUCGCCUCCUUAGCUUUGGUAAAUAGUGACUGUCAGCAUCUGGCUCGCUCUGGACAAUUUUCCGACAUCCACUUUGACUACAGCCAGAGGGCCCAAGACCUCGUCGUCCAUCUUCUUGACGAUGGCCAGCAAAUGAACAAAAUGGGAACCAAUCUACCCAGCAUCGGCUCAUGCGUGCGUCGGGUGACCUUCGCUUCAGAUCCCGAUAAUGUUGGCGAGUAUCACAAGGAAGCUUGGAGUCUGACUGGACUUCAAUCCGAGGAGGAAGAAGAAGGGAUAAAAUGCAAGGCAUACAAGCACUAUCGCGCCGUUCAAGCGUCUUCACUGCUUGCCAUUAACAGGAUGACAAUGCCCAAUCUUGAAAUUCUCAAGUGGAGUGACGAUUUCGCCAUAAAAGAGUAUUUCUUCAAAUUCAUCUCCCUUACUUCAGCUCAGCACAUCAUAUUAGAUUGUUUGAGUCUCAAGACGCCUAUUACAUUACGCCCUCCCGUUGUACCAGCAGUGUGGCCUUUGCGCAAAAUUGAUCUCGACGUGAGCUUGCCCAGACAAGCCGACGGGACACCGUCUGACGCCGAGUUCUACGAAGACUUUCUUCGGCUAUGUGCUCCCACGCUAGAAUCUCUCAAGUUCAAUGAACGAGAUUCCGGGGUGUCCGAAAUGGUAUUCUUCAAGGAACAAGAUCCUCCGUCAUUCCCGCGUCUGCGUAAUUUACGCCUUCGCGUACUUGACCCUCCCACCUCCUUCACUUCGCUUUUCUUGGAUUCCCCAGUGAGGAGUCUUGAGAUACCAAAGGAAAUCAAAAAUACCAGCAGCAUGGCCGCCAUGAUUGGCGAUGGAUUUCGGGAUCUUGAAAACUUGGUUGUGCCUCACUUGCCGUUCAAGGACACGCUGAGCGGGGAGAUAGCCCGCUUCUUACAAGAGCAUAAGAAAAUCCAGAAACUAUGUGUCCAUGAGAAUAGCUACGCAAAGGGAGACCGAGCACAUCUUGACCGCCAUAUCAUUCCAGCCCUAGCCCAAGGAGGUUUCGAACAUCUGACCAGCCUCUCCCUACAAUGGGGCGGGGCGGCGAUAGAUGGGACUGAGACGAGUGCCGUACACGUUCCGGAAGCAUCCUUGGCUGUGGUGAGUCAAAUCAAGUCGCUGCAGAAACUGAAACUUGGGGCCGGCGUGACUUCCGGGUGGCAAUGUCAGUGGCUUGUAGACCACGAAAGUGUUGCCAGGCUUUUGAGGACGCUGCAGAACCUGCAGCUCCUGGCAUUUUACCGCGACACAUACCUGACCCCAGGGGACAGCAACCCUGAUGUCGAAGAUUACUAUAUGAGAAGGACUUUCACGGACGAAGUGCGUGCAAUCGCCAGUGAGCGACCAGAAUUUGAUGUGGUCUAUGAGCAACACGUAGUCCAAAGAAGGGGAUCGAACCCGAACAAUUUUGUAUUGUACCGUGAGGCCUGGGAAAGGGCGCAUCGCAACCGCAUGCUAAACUAUGCUGAAGGCUAUGCAUCUGUUCUGCAAGCUCUCGAGACGAUCGUUUGCGGACAACGUCCGAUAGCUAUCAAAUGCAACCCCCAGGAACCAAAGGGAACUAGAAAAGCAGUCCCGCUCACAGUGGAUCGGGACAUCUGCUACUCUUACUUACAGACAACUUUUGGCUUGGGAACAUGGUUGGAAACACUCACGGAGCCACACGCAUAA